CAUAAUUUAUUUAUUUAUUUUUAAUGGUUUUAUUAAUAUUCGCAGAUAGAGAGAGAAAAACCAGCGACGAUAGAUAUUUUUGUUGUUUGGUAUUAUAGAGGCGCUUUUGUUUGCGGAGAUUAGGGUUUCUGGAUCUAUAGUUCUGUCCUUCAGGUAUUUUGAAUUCACUCGUUCAAUUUGGUGGAGAAUCGAGAUACUGGUUUCAGCAAAGAGAUUUUUUAGGCUGUUAAUUGUUCUGAUUUGAGUGUUGGGUUGAGUGGGAAUUUUGUCAUGAGUACGCGAACUUCAUGGGCAGAUUUGGCUGCAAACUCUGCGGCUGAGAAUGCAGCUCCUGGGUCUUCUUCUGCUAGCAAUGGCGGCAUAGGGACCACAACCGCCCCUUCCCGGAGCACAUAUGUUCCUCCACAUCUUCGAAAUCGCCCUCCUGUUGCCGACACACCUGCACCAGCUAAUAGUGGGCCUGUUUUGAGUAAUGACCGGUCUGGACAUGGUGGGUCACGAUGGUCUGGUGCUCCUAGGAAUGAUUAUGGUCGAUCUGGGUACAGUGGUGGUGGCCGUGCCGGUGGAUGGGGGGGCAGAAGUGGUGGUUGGGACCGUGGGAGAGAUCGGGAAGUGAACCCUUUUGGAGAAGAUGAUGACACAGAACAGCCAUUUUCUGAGCAGGAGAACACCGGCAUCAACUUCGAUGCGUAUGAGGAUAUCCCAGUGGAGACAAGUGGUGAAAAUGUUCCUCCAGCUGUGAAUACAUUUGCGGAGAUUGAUUUGGGUGAAGCACUCAAUGAGAAUAUUCGCAGGUGCAAGUAUGUGAGGCCAACUCCUGUGCAGCGGCAUGCCAUCCCAAUCUCUCUUGGGGGCCGGGACUUAAUGGCUUGUGCCCAGACUGGUUCUGGCAAGACGGCUGCUUUUUGUUUCCCUAUCAUCAGUGGAAUUAUGAGGGGCCAGAGUGUACAGAGACCACCUCGUGGGGCACGAACAGUGUACCCACUUGCUCUUAUCCUCUCUCCAACUAGGGAGCUUUCGAUGCAAAUACACGAGGAAGCUAGGAAAUUCUCAUAUCAGACAGGUGUACGAGUGGUUGUUGCUUAUGGAGGAGCACCAAUUAACCAACAGCUGCGGGACCUGGAGAGAGGUGUUGAUAUUCUUGUGGCUACUCCUGGAAGGUUGGUUGAUUUGCUGGAAAGGGCCAGAGUUUCAUUACAGAUGAUCAGAUAUUUAGCCUUGGAUGAGGCAGAUCGAAUGCUGGAUAUGGGUUUUGAGCCUCAAAUAAGGAAAAUUGUGGAGCAAAUGGACAUGCCUCCACCUGGUGCAAGACAAACUAUGCUGUUCAGUGCUACUUUCCCCAAAGAGAUACAGAGAUUGGCUUCUGAUUUCCUUGCAAAUUAUAUUUUUUUGGCUGUUGGAAGAGUGGGCUCAAGUACUGAUUUGAUAGUCCAACGAGUGGAAUUUGUUCAUGAAUCUGACAAAAGAAGUCACCUCAUGGACCUUCUUCAUGCACAGAGGGCGAAUGGUUCGCAGGGAAAGCAAGCUCUUACAUUAGUCUUUGUGGAGACAAAGAAGGGAGCUGAUUCGCUGGAACAUUGGUUAUGUCUUAAUGGUUUUCCUGCAACUACUAUUCACGGUGAUAGAUCACAACAGGAAAGGGAGCAUGCAUUGAGGUCCUUUAAAAGUGGAAACACCCCAAUUUUGGUUGCAACUGAUGUGGCUGCACGUGGUCUUGAUAUUCCCCAUGUUGCCCAUGUGGUCAACUUUGAUCUCCCAAAUGAUAUUGAUGAUUAUGUUCACCGCAUUGGACGGACAGGGCGAGCUGGCAAAUCAGGUUUAGCUACUGCCUUCUUCAAUGAGAAUAAUUCGUCAUUGGCACGGGCUUUAGCUGAGCUAAUGCAAGAAUCAAAUCAAGAAGUGCCUGCUUGGCUGUCCCGGUAUGCAGCCCGGUCUUCUUUUGGUGGAGGGAGGAACCGUCGUUCUGGCGGAGGUCGAUUUGGUGGGCGUGAUUUCAGAAGGGAGGGCUCGUUCAAUAGGGGUGGUUCUGAUUAUUACAGUGGAGGCAACAGCAGCGGUGGAUAUGGUGCUUCUUCUGGUGGGUAUGGUGGAGGAUAUGGUUCAGGGGUGACCAGUGCAUGGGACUAAUUUUUGACUUCUUAAGCAGUUGUGUCUAGGCAAUGGUUGUGAACUUGUACCUUUUAUAAUAGGGUCAUUAUGUCUCAUCUUUUUGUUAGUUUUUGUUGUAGCUUUGGUUGUUCUAUACCGUUAGAGGUGCUUAUAACGCAAGGGAGGGAGAUAUUUGCUCGGUAUUGGUGCCACAGGAAUGGGUGUACGUUGGUAGGUGUUGGUGAGAAACUAUUGACACAUUAGGGAUUACUUGCCUUUUUAUUGGGAUUUUUUUUUUGUCCCCUUCUUUUUGGUGGGUUAUGGGUUGUAGAAUAUGUAGUGGGAGGAAUAGGGUUUCUUUUCUGCUACAUCUUGUUUGUCUCAUAGGCAAUGUUCUUUUCAACCCAAAAUGUUGGGGGUCUAUUGACAAGGCUCUGGUCCUGGUAUUUUCUUCUUCCCCUUGUCAAGGAUUUUUAAGGUUUUUGUAAUAUUUUGGUUUUGCCGAACCAUAUGAACAAAUGACGUCAAUUUUUGUUCAAUAUCAUGAGAAACAAAUCUGAUAAUUGUUAUGAAACUAUUGUUGUGUGA